AUGCCUGUUGAAGAUGACAUCAGAAGCCAAUUUUCAUGCUCAAUAUGUUUGGAUACGUUUAAAGACCCAGUCACCACAGAAUGUGAACAUGAUUUUUGCAGACCAUGUAUAAUGGAGUAUUGGGACAGAGAAGAUACAUCCAUCUGUCCUCUUUGUCGUCAGUUUUCCUCAGGCAUCUUGAGAACUAAUCGUACACUGGGAUAUGUUGUUGAGAUUCUUUCAUCAAAGAAAAGUAACAUCUCUGGAGAAAGCAACUCAGGAGGAGACAAAAGUUUUGUGUUUCUUCUUCUCCUCAUCCUCAUUUUUGUUAUUGUGCUUCUCUGGUCUUUGAGCCCAAAUGCAUCUUCACUUGGAUAUUACCCUAAAGAUUAUGACAUGUGUCCACAGCACAAAGAGAAAUUGAAGCUCUUCUGUGAAGAUGAUCAGGAGUUAAUUUGUCUGAUCUGCAGAGAUUCAAAUAAGCAUAAAAACCAUCGGGUUUCUCCUAUCAAUGAAGCUGCUCAAUACUAUAAGGGGGAUGAGACUCAAAUUGUGGCAGAUAAUAAAUUUGAGACAAAUAUAGAAGUUAAAGAGAAAAUGUCCAGCAAUCAGGGACAGGGUAGAAAGGAAGAAUUGAGUACAACUCUGGAAUCAUUGAAAAUGAAGCAUGCUCAUCACCAAGCCAUAAAGUCUAAUUAUGAGGAGAACCUAACUUUGUUGAUGGUGCGAGAAGAAGUAUCAAUGACAGAGCAACACAUUGGGAAGGUCUUUGUCCGUCUUCAAGAGCUCCUGAGAAUGGAAGAGGAGAGUAUUAUGCAAGAACUCCACAAUGAUGCUUGGCAAAGCUUCAUGAAGCUGGAAGAAAUCAUCAUGCAGCUGACCUUUGAACUGAGUACAUUAUCAGAUAUCAUUCAAGCAGUCACUGAGGACCUUAUUCUGGAAGAUGCCCUUACAUUCCUAAUGGUGAAAGUUAAAAUGGCAAUCUCUGAUCCCAGGGAAGUUUCUAUAAAGAUGGACAAUGCCAAGUACAACAUCCUAAUGAUAUACUACACCUGGAAAAAAAUGGUCAAUGAAAUUGGUUUUAAUACUGGACUACUGAGUCUAGAUGCUGAAACUGCACACCGUGAUCUCCUCAUCUUCAACAACAUGAGCAAUGUUGUAUACAGGCAUGGUCUGAAGAAACCUCUGGAUAGCAGCUUGCGAUUCACUGUCCAUCCCUUUGUCUUGAGCAAGCAAGGGUUGUCAUCCGGAAUACACUACUGGGAGAUCUUUGUAGAUUGCAAGACAGAUUGGAUCUUAGGGGUGACUAAAAAAUCUGUGGAGCGCAAGAUGCAUAUCUCAUUGACACCUCAAAAUGGUUUAUGGACUCUGGAGAAAAGAAAUAAUCACUACUUAGUGAACACUGUGCCCCAUGUGAUUAUCUUCUCAGGGUUAAAGUCCCAGAAAGUUGGAAUUUAUCUCAAUUAUGAAGGUGGGCAGGUAACCUUUUACAAUGCGGACUAUAUGAAUUUAAUAUACACCUUCAAAGACAAAUUCAUGGAGACAUUGUACCCCUUGUUCAGCCCAGGAUUUAGUUCCACACCAUUAAGAAUAAUCCAUGUAAACCCUUGA